CCCUCUCCUCGACGUCAUAAGUAACGUCUGGGCGAUGCGGCGAAGGGAUAUGUACCGUACGCCCUCCCACCACACACAACCGACUUUCCACUCAAGACUUUGACUACUAGAACUCCCACUCAUGAUGUAUCUCACAAGGCAACUUCUCCCCAGGAGUACCGUCUGUGCACGACCAGGCAUCGCGGUGUUCAAGUCCGAGUGGACGAUGUUGCCAACGCGUCGACUCCCACACGCAUCGCGAUCAUUGCAGGACACCGGGGCCACAGCGAAAUCGCCAUCAGUCCCGGGACUGGUCAACUCCAACCUCAUGUUCUACUCUCCACCGCCAGACGGCUCCGCCCCGUACACGCUGGUGAACAUGGACGAGGCUGGGCGGAUGGGCAAUUGGGUGCCAGAAGAGCGCGAGGUGGAGAUACAGGACAUCCGGGGGCGCGAAAACUCCGUGAAGCUCGACACCGCGGGCUUCCAGUUCUACACGGGCGCACCUGACCAUACCUCCUUCACCGAUGAGCGGGAGAUCAGGGAGAAGUACUACACGGAGAGCGUAGCCCUCAUCAAGCUCUUGACAGGAGCUAGUCGCGUCGUGCCCUUCGACCACACCAUACGCCGCCGCCGCCCCGGAGAACGCGACGACGCGCCGACCAAGCGCCAGCCCGUCCCGCAAGUGCACGUCGACCAGACCCCGCAGUCCGCCGUCGAGCGCGUGCACCGACACCUCCCGUCCACGGACGUCCCGGCUCUCCUCCAGAAGCGCUUCCAGAUCCUGAAUCUGUGGCGCCCGCUGGACCAUCCCGCCCUCGACUGGCCGCUCGCGCUCUGCGACUUCCGGAGCAUCGAUCGUGCGAAGGAUAUCGUGCCCGUGGCGCUGCGCUACCCGGACAGGGAGGGCCAGACGUACGGCGUGCGGUACUCGCCCCAGCAGAAGUGGAGCUAUUUGAGGAAGAUGAGGCCGGACGAGUUUGUUUUGAUCAAAUGCUUCGACUCGGAGGACGAUGGGAAUACGGCGCUGUUCACUCCGCACACUGCGUUCAACGACCCGAGCACUCCGAAAGAUGCGCCGUUCAGGGAGUCGAUUGAGCUCAGGAUGUUAGUGUUCUACGAAGCGGGUCAUACCCCAUCGGUGUAAUGCCUACUGUGCGGACUCAACGCCAGUCCAUUUGUUUGGGCUUCUCCGGCUCAUUGGGACCCAGGUACGUUGUAUCGUCUCCGGUUUAGGACGCAGCGACGUACAUCAUACGUACUCCGCAUGUAGCGCAUUUAUCAUGAUGCGGAUCGCCACCACGGCGUCCCAGCUCUCAUCUGUGCGGAGGCAUAGUACACAAAAGCAAAGCCUCUCACUGGUUCAUGGCGAGACUCGUAAGUACGUUCAGGUAUC